AUGAAUCCUGAAAAUAGGAUGCCCAAAAACAAUGACCAUGCCUUUGAACCCACUGGUGUGUGGACUGUGGAACCUUCAGGACGUCUUGGAAACCUCAUAGGGCAAUAUGCAACGCUUUACGCGUUUGCCAAACGGCAUGGACAUCAAGCUUACAUCUUACCCUACAUGCAUUCAGCACUAUCUAAGAUUUUUAAGAUAAAACUGCCGGUUAUUAAUCGGGAAGUUGCAGACCGAAUACCAUGGAAAACCUUCAGAAUAUACAAUAACUGGAUGUCUGAAGAAUAUUAUAACAUAUCUGGACAGUAUGUUAAACUUUCUGGUUAUCCCUUUUCAUGGACCUUCUAUCAUCAUCUCAAAGAAGAGAUUCUUAAGGAAUUCACUUUCCAUGAAUUUAUUAGAGAGGAAAGCAAUGCCUAUCUUGCUGAUAUACGGGGGAACAAAACUAACACCACCUUCAUUGGUAUACAUGUCCGUAGAGGUGACUAUGUAGAUAUUAUGCUAAAGAGCAAGAAAGGUGUGCUAGCUAGCAAAAAGUACCUGGAUAAAGCAAUGGAGUAUUUUAGAAAAAAAUAUACAAACCCCUUGUUUGUGGUGACCAGCAAUGAUCUAGUUUGGUGUAAAUCGAAUAUCAAUAAUUCCUUGGGAGAUGUUUACUUUAUUGGAGAUGGAAAGGAAGGAUCACCUGGCCGUGACUUUGCUCUCUUGGUUCACUGUAACCACACAAUUAUGACCAUAGGUACAUUUGGCUUAUAUGCUGCCUAUUUGGCUGGAGGUGAAACCAUUUAUCUUACAAACUAUACUUUGCCUGAUUUCCCCCGUGUCACAAGAUUUAAAUAUGAGACUAUCUUUCUUCCUGAAUGGAUAGGGAUUCCUGCUGAUCUUUCCCCACUUUUAAGAAAAGAUUAA